AUGUGCAAUGAUGGUAAUGUUGCUGGUGUGGUCCUUCAUCAUCUGUCUCUAUCAGCUGCCAUCGAUUUGAAUGUAUUCGCGAAUCUCACAAAAUUGGUAGCCCUUUCGAUAUCCAACAACUCCAUUAUCGGAAAAUUCCCAAACAAAUUAGGUGAAAUGCUUGCAUAUCUCGACAUUUCUGAUAAUCUCUUCAAUUCGUCUCUCCCACCUAAUAUCAAUAAGGUCAAUAGUUUAAUGAAUCUGUCUUUAGCCGGAAACAGCUUCUCAGGGUCCAUUCCUGAUUGGAUUUCAGAACUGAGCAACCUAAAAUCUCUUGAUUUAAGUCGGAACCUAUUCUCUAGACCAAUUCCACCAUCCAUUACAACGCUAAACAACCUUGUUUAUCUAAAUCUCUCCAUGAACACGCUCACAAAGAAAAUCCCGAAAGGUUUUCAAGACAUGAUAGCACUUGAAGGUCUUGAUCUCCAUGAAAAUAUGCUCGAAGGUGAUUUCGAUCAUGAAUUCCUGCUUUUUACAACUUCCAUUCAUGUUGAUCUUAGUGGGAAUCUCUUAACUUCUUCAAAUCAAGAUGGGAAGUUCUUACCUGGGAUUUCUGAAACUGUAAAAUACUUGAAUCUUAGCUGA